AUGCUAUUAAAGUAUGGGAUUUUGUUCAUAGAAGAUUAAAAGAAAUCACUACACUUAAUAGACAUACUGUGGCAAUCUUUUGUCUAUAAUUUAGUAAGAAGAGUAAUAGUUUUGUAUCGGCUAGUUUUGAUAAUUCAAUUGGAUGUUGAAAAUAGGUAAAUGAAACAGAAUGGAAGAGUUCUUAUUCACAUUAACAGCAUACUAAUUGCAUAAACUGUUUAAUCCUAUAUUAACUAUUUCUGGAAGUAGUGAUUAUUCAAUUAAAAAUCUGGUAAAUUGAUUUCAUUAAUAAUCAAUUAACUUAUCUUUACACAUUAGAUAAACAUACAAAUUGAAUUUAUAGCUUAUACUUAAAUUAAUUAGAAAAUAUUUUGGUUUCUUGUGGUGGAGAUUAGCAAAUAAUAAUUUGGACAAAAGAUAAUGAAUAGAAAUGGUAAUUUUAAUACGUAGUUACUUAGUCAGUUUAAGAAAUUGUAGCCAGAUUGUAAUUUAUAAAGGAUGAUUAGUUAAUUUGGGUUACAGCAAAUCAAGUAAGCAAGGAUUGUAUCAGUAUAUUUGAAAUAAAAAAUGGAAAAUAUCAAGAAAAUUCGGAUAAGGAAGUAAAAUUGAUUUAAAAUGAUAAAGUUUGUGAUUUGAGGUUAUUUCCUAUCUUUUAUAACAAAGAAAAAAAUUUGAUGAUUAUAAAGCACAGGCAAUAGGUUUAAUAAAAAUAAAAAAUGAAUCAAAUCCUAUUUUUGGAGCAUUAACUAAUGAUGGAAGAUAUUUAGUAACUUGGAAUAAGGUGGGAAAAAACUAUGAUACAUAUGAAAUAUUGA